GCUUGCGGCGGGAGGCGUCUUGGCGAGGGACUGGUCCUCGCAGCUGCAGGUCAUCUGGAGUCUGGAGCUUGGCCUUCCAGACCGGCCUCGGGACAGUCCGGGAGCAGCCAGCGGGGCUCCUUUCUGGCCCCCAGCGCGCGUGUGUGGAACUGACCCCUCCUGCGAACAGUCCUGCCUAGGGUCUGGAGAGGGCAGCCCCACGCUGAGGAAGGGGCUCAGGGGGCACGGUGCGGCCGAGCUCUGCGGCCAUGAAGGUCAAAGUCAUCCCUGUGCUUGAGGACAACUACAUGUACCUGGUCAUCGAGGAGCGUACGCGGGAGGCUGUGGCCGUGGACGUGGCCGUGCCCAAACGGCUGCUGGAGAUCGUGGGCCGGGAGGGAGUAUCACUGACCACUGUGCUGACAACCCAUCACCACUGGGACCACGCUCGCGGCAACGCGGAACUGGUGAGGCUGCUUCCUGGUCUGGUGGUGUUGGGUGCGGACGAGCGCAUCUGUGCACUGACGCGCAGGCUGGCACACGGCGAGGAGCUGCGGUUUGGGGCCAUCCACGUGCGCUGCCUCCUGACGCCCGGCCACACCUUGGGCCACAUGAGCUACUUCCUGUGGGAAGAGGAGUGUCCGGACCCUCCUGCUGUGUUCUCAGGGGAUGCACUGUCCAUGGCCGGCUGCGGCUCACGCCUGGAGGGCACAGCUCAGCAGAUGUACCAGAGCUUGGUGGAGACCCUGGGCACCCUGCCCCCUGAGACAAAGGUGUUCUGUGGUCACGAGCACACACUGGGCAACCUCGAGUUUGCACAGAAAGUGGAGCCUUACAACGACCACGUGAAGGCCAAGCUGUCAUGGGCCAAGCAGCGGGAUGAGGACGAUGUGCCCACGGUGCCCGCAACCCUGGGCGAGGAACUCCUUUACAACCCGUUCCUGAGGGUGGCAGAGGAGCCUGUGCGGGAGUUCACGGGGAAGGUGGCACCAGCCGACGUCCUGGAUGUGCUCUGCAGGGAGCGAGCGAGCUUUGAGAGGGCGGCUGAGCCGCUGCAGCCACAGGCCCGGGCCCUCCUCGCGCUGCAGUGGGGGCUCCUGAGCACACCCCGGCAGAAGUGAGCUCCACGUGGGCCAGGCCACACAGCCCUCCUCCCUCGACCCACAGGAGGGCCUGGCCGUCCUCAGUCCUGCCCGGCCCCAGAGGGUGGACACCCCACACCACUCUGGACCAUAGUGAGACAGGGGUGUUUGCACAGAGUGCAGUGGGGUGCACAGGGCUCCUGAACUUCAAAUAAAGCUUUGAAAGGCCUUUUUCUCGAUGCA